GAAAGGGGAAUAAGAGAAGAGAGAGAAGAAGCAAAAGAGAGAGAAGUAGAGAGAGAGAGAGAGAGAGAGGAGUUACCUGGAAUGAGGAGAAAAGGGAAGGUCUCGCAUUUUUUUAGGGUUCUUUUGAGCUCCACAAUAAAGUGGAGAUGGCUUUCAGUGAAUUGUUCUUUUGAUCGUCAUGCGUUGUGAUCUCGACGAAAUUUCUCCUUUUUCGCGGGAUCUCUGAAAAGUCAUGGUAGUCGGGGUAGAAGCAUUGAUUCCACAAAGGGAAUAUUGUUUCUCUCUCUAAACUGUCUCUCGCUUUCUGCAUUUAUUGAAGUUCUUGGCUCUAAGCUCGAUUUUAGAGAGAGAAAUGUAUAUUGUUCCGCCUCCUAAGUGUUCUGAUGCAAGAGGGUCUGGGAACAUGGCAGCUCCACGGAUUUAUCAGACAUGGAAAGGGAGCAAUGUAUUUUUUCUUCAAGGAAGGUUUAUAUUUGGACCAGAUUACAGAUCCUUGCUGCUAACCAUAUUUCUUAUAGCUGCCCCUGUCAUAGUUUUCUGUGUAUUUGUAGCAAGAAAACUAAUGGAUGAUUUCUCUCAUCACCUUGGAAUAUCUAUAAUGGUGAUUGUUGUAGCCUACACAGUAUACGUCUUAUCUCUUCUUCUUCUCACAUCUGGUAGAGAUCCUGGCAUUAUCCCUCGAAAUGCCCAUCCCCCAGAACCAGAAGGCUUUGAUGGAAGUAUAGAAGUUGGGGGUGGCCAAACUCCUCAAUUGCGCUUACCUCGAAUGAAAGAUGUGGUUGUGAAUGGGAUCAGUGUGAAGAUCAAGUACUGUGAUACUUGCAUGCUAUACCGACCCCCUCGUUGUUCCCACUGUUCUAUCUGCAAUAACUGCGUUGAACGAUUUGACCACCAUUGCCCUUGGGUUGGCCAAUGCAUUGGGAAGCGAAAUUACCGGUUCUUCUUCAUGUUUGUGUUCUCAACAACUCUACUAUGCAUAUACGUAUUUGCAUUCUGUUGUCUAUAUAUUAAGAGGAUCAUGGAUUUUGAGAAUACCUCAGUCUGGAAAGCUUUGAUCAAGACCCCAGCUUCAAUCGUUCUGAUUAUAUAUACUUUUAUCUCCGUCUGGUUCGUGGGGGGUCUCACAGUCUUUCAUCUCUAUCUCAUCAGCACAAACCAGACAACUUAUGAGAACUUCAGAUAUCGAUACGACCGAAGGGCGAACCCCUACAACCUUGGUGUGGUCAACAACUUCAAAGAAAUAUUCUUCUCAGAGAUGACCCCCUCGAAAAACAAGUUUAGGGCAAGGGUACCUGAAGAGGAAGGGUCUACAGGCCUGGGUUUGGGCCAGGCCCGUGUUGGGCCUGCAGGCUUCGUGAGCCCAAACAUGGGAAGGGCAACAGUGGGUGGAGACUUGGAAAUGGGGGCUAAGGCCUCAUGGAGGGACAUGGGUGGGAACAUGGCAGAUUUCGAGGGGCGAUUGAGUAGUGAGCCACAGGAGGAGAAGGACGGGGCUGAGGGGUUGGAGGGGAGGGGGGUGAUGCACCCAAGGAGGUCGAGUUGGGGGCGGAAGAGCGGGAGUUGGGAGAUAUCGCCGGAGGUGCUUGGAAUGCCUGGGGAAUCAGAGAGGAAUAGUAGUAGUGCCACGCAAGGAACUAGGUGAAGGGUUCAGAGAGAGAGAGAGAGAUUCUGGUGUUGGGGUGGUUUGGCUUUCAGUUUGUGGAUUGUUCAUUGUUUUGUUUUGUGCACUUUCUUGUGUGAUAUAGAGGGGGUUGUCAUGAAAGCCUUGUGUAUUUAUGGAAAGGAUGCCGCUUUCUAUC